CCUGGCCCUUCCUCCCUGCCUGGAAUCCUCUCUCCCUCCCAGGCCUCCCCUGAGUUCCUGAUACUCGUGUGUCUGGUUCCAGAUGAGUACCCUGGGGCCGGCUCCUCCAGCCUCUUCUCCGUGCUGAGCCCAACAGGGAAGGUGAAAAGGGAGCUCCUGCGUGACGUGGUGGGGGGCUGCGGCUACCGGGUCAACAACCACUUGGACCUGGAGUACUCACCCCUGCCCGUGAACAAGAUUAUCAGUUCUGCGGAGGAGAUGGUCGGUAAGGAGAUGGAGUACAGUGUUCUGAGCAGGAACUGUGAGCACUUUGUCACGGAUCUGAGAUACGGCAAGGCCCGCAGCCUGCAGGUAGAAACAAUCAAGACCGAUCUAAAUAAGUACCUUGGAAAUGCAGCUUGGACUGCUCUCACCUGUUCUGUCAUGAAGAAGCCAUUGCCCAACACCAGUGACAGCCUGAAGGGGCAGGAAACCUCGCAUUAGAAGCCAUUGUCGAGCUGACCUCGCACUGUCCUGACCCCUGACCCGAGCUCUCGGGCAACCUGUCGUUCUGUCUCUCACUGUCCCUCUCUCACUGGCUGAAGGGUGGACUGAUUGUGCCAACACUGAGGAAUUCAUACGUGAACCUACAUACCCUCCAGGGAGGAGUUCCGCUCCUUCUGUGGCUCCUAAGCAGAACAGAAGCACCUGGGCACCUGGUGGGGACCCAGCGUUUGCUAUCGUGUGACCUGGGGAAAGCUCUGGACUCUCAAUUUUGUUUUCUUUUAUAUUUUUUUCAGAGAGGAAGGGAGAAGGAGAGAGAGAAACAUCAGUGAUGAGAGAGGAUCAUUGAUCAGCUGCCUCCGGCAUG